AUUAGGGUUAGGGUUGACGCCCACACUUUUCUUACUAUAUAUUAGAGAUGUUCAGUUCAUUUGCAUUCGAUUUCACAGCCGCUGCCCGCUGUCAUAAUCAACCCUGUGAAUCUAUAUCUUCAAACUAUUCAACUACUGUCAUAAUCAGCCCUGUGAAUCUUAAUCCAGCAUUAACACAUGAUGCUGUUUUGAUAAAGUUAUCGAUGUGCGUCUUUUUCGGUCACGAUAAUCACCAGGACUUCUAUGUGUCGAUUUCAAAAAAAAAAUUCACUAUCAUGCACAUAGAUCCGAAAAGUAGCAAAGAUCUGCAUGAUUUCAAAUCAAAAAACAUUCUAGUAGAAUCAGAUCGGUACCAGUUAGGUAGGCCACUCCACCUUUCCCUUUCAGAGUGUGAAAGGGAAUAUCAUACAGGGUGUUUGAGGGAAUACAAGAAGAUUUAUCUGAAGGUCUGUUUUCAUUUUGGAGGGAUUGGAAUCGGAAUCACAUAUUCCGAUGUGAAGUGGAUUGUUUUCCUUGGGAAAGAUGUUUCUGAUGACAAUAAUAGAAUUCCAAAGAAUAUCUUUGUUAGAAAAAGAGGAAGUGGUGCUCCAAGGUGGAGUUACUUUUCAAGAUGGUUUUGUUUCAAGGUGGAGUUACUUUUCAAGAUGGUUUUGUUUUCGUCUUUUGAUUGAGUUGUAAAGUAAGCAAUGAAUGAAUAAUAAAUGCCA